AUGAACAAUAUCUCCGAAAAGCAGACUCAAGAUCCCCUCCUCCCACUCACCAACCCCAUCAACCCCAUCAACCCCAUCAUCACCCACACCACCACCACCCAAAUCGCCAGCACCACGGCCCCAACCCGCAGCGACAAAUUCUUCGCCGCCAUGGACGCCUUCGCCCCCAAGAUGGAGAGAUUCAACCGCGCCCUCGAUUCCAUAGCCAUGUCCAUUAUGAUAGCGACCCAGAUCCUCUGCCUAGGCGUCGUGCUGUGGUAUUCAGCCAAGCUUGCAUAUCUGUUCACCACCAGUCGUAGAGCUAAUACGCCCGAGCUGGCGCUGGAGGUGGUGUGCUAUAUCGCCCCGUUCCUGGCUUUUGGGACGGGUGUUAGGUUUAUGGAGCUGGUGUCGGUCUUCUUCCGGUACCGGGAGGUGCGUACUGUGCCUUUGCCGGCGAUAUAA